GCUUUUUACCUCAAUCACUCCGCUUAACCCGACCAAACCCUCUUUCUUUGUGUCCAUAAAAAUACUUAUACACUACUACUAUACUAGUCUUGUUUUUCUUUGACAUUUUCCCACUUUCUUUUUUGAGCUCACUCUUCAGUGAAAGCAGAGAUUUUGAGUGAAUGCUGAUAGAGUGCAUGAGUUGAAAAUUAGUUGUAAAAAAUAUGUUGGGUUUUUUGAUGAGAAAAGAUGUCAGAAAAAUACUCAAGAGGAAGGACAGUGAUGCUGGUGAAAAAGGAAGAGCAUUGGAGGAGGUACGAGCCUCCUUGUUUAGCAAGAUACGAGCACUUGGAGGUGGAAAGCGUCAACAAACUACCUUAUGGGGGCCCACUGUUGCUCUGACAUUCAACUUUUUUGUUUCUGUUAGUAUUAUAUUGAUGAACAAAUUGGUUCUUGUUACAGUUGGAUUUAAUUAUCCAAUUUUCCUCUCUUUCCUACAUUACAUCUGUAGCUGGUUGAUAAUGGCUAUUCUUAAUGCUUUUUCCAUCCUUUCCUUGUCUACACCAUCAAAAUCAACAAAAUUUUCAUCGUUGUUGUCUCUUGGUAUAGUUAUGUCACUUUCUACUGGGCUUGCAAAUGUGAGCUUGAAGUAUAAUAGUGUAGGAUUUUACCAAAUGGCAAAGAUUGCAGUAACACCAGCUAUCGUUUUAGCUGAAUUUGUUCUCUUUCGGAAGAAAAUUUCUUUCCUGAAGGUGGUUGCACUCACAGUUGUAUCUGUAGGUGUUGCUGUUGCUACGGUGACAGAUUUGCAGUUUCACUUCUUUGGUGCUUGCAUUGCAGUAGCAUGGAUAGUACCAAGUGCAGUUAAUAAAAUACUAUGGUCCAAUCUCCAGCAGCAAGAGAAUUGGACUGCCCUCGCGCUAAUGUGGAAGACCACACCAAUUACAUUGUUCUUUCUGGUGAUGAUGAUGCCAUCACUUGAUCCUCCAGGUGUCCUUUCAUUUAAUUGGAACUUUUACAACUCAACAAUCAUUGGUGCCUCGGCUGUUCUUGGCUUCUUGCUUCAGUGGUCAGGCGCUCUAGCACUUGGGGCAACAUCUGCAACAACCCAUGUGGUACUUGGACAGUUUAAAACCUGUGUCAUUCUUCUUGGGGGUUUUCUUCUCUUCGGUUCAAAUCCGGGUCCAACUAGCAUACUGGGAGCCACUACAGCUCUUGUUGGAAUGUCUUUCUACACUUACCUUAACUUGCAUUCACAGCAGCAGUCAUCUAAAACAUCCUCCAGACAAACUCCAUUCUCUUUGUCCAAAUCAAAGCUAGGCAAAGAAAAUGCAGAUGGCCGGGAUGGAAGUCGUGCUGAUGAAUCUGUGUAAGUGAACUCUAGACCAACAGAGUAAGUUUUGUGAAUGGAGAGCAAUUCACUAACCACGGCAUUAUUUGUCUAAAAGUUUUAUUUUUUGGUAACAAAAUGAUAGCUAACAUGAGCAUUUUAUGUAUCUCCUGUGGUUCAAACAUUAUGAAAAGUUGUAUAUUCAAAUUAUUUGUUCUGCAAAAAGCAAAACAAUGGCUUAAUACUUUUGCGAUGCAUAA